AUGACAGUACUCGUGUCCCCAGUGGCAGUGGUACCACAGCAAUCCAGUGAUGAUCCUGAACUGAGUCUCCAACUAGCAAGGAUUGAAUUGGAGAAUGAAAGACACAAGAGAGAGCUUAAAGACAAGGAGAAACAAAUAAAAGAUUAUGAAGAGGAAAUUAUUCUACUCAAAACACAAAUGAGUAGAAGUAAAGGAGGAGGAGGAAGAGGAAGAGGUUUACAUGUAGUAGUAGACCAAUCAGCUACACUAACACAUACUGUACAACUGGAGAAGGAGAAGGAGGAGCUAGUGAAAGAGAAAGAGGAACUAACGAAAGAGAAAGAGGAACUAACGAAAGAGAAGGAGGAGCUAUUAAAGGGUAAGGAGAAGCUAACAAAAGAAAAGGAGGUGCUGGAACAAAAACUGACUGUAGAGAAUGAAGAGUGGAAAAAGGAACUACUUGCAAAAAAUGAAGAGAUGGAGCAAGAAAGGAAGCGACUAAAGAAGGAAACUGAGGUUACAGUGGCUGAGGAAAAAAAUCAACUGAAAGAGAAGCUAACAAGAGAAAAGGAGGCACUGGAAAAGGAGCUUAAUGAAGAAAAGGAGGAGCUUAAGAAAGAAAACUUAGAAAAGGAGAAGCUGAUAAAAGAAAAAGAAGCGGCUAAGGAGGCACUUACAAAUGAGAAGGAGGAGCUAUUGAAGGAGAAGGUUGCACUACAGGAGAAGCUUGAUAAAGAUGAAGAUAGAAUUACCGAAUUGACGCAAUUACUGGAGAAGGAAGAGGAAGAAAAGAGGAAAGCAGUGGAACAUACGGCUGAGUUGGAAGAGAAGUAUACCAAAGAGCUGGAGGGAAUUAAACAACAGCUAAACACAGAAAUAGCUAAGAACCAGCUGGAGAUGAACUAUCAUGAAAAAUAUGAGGCCCAAGAAAAGCAAUACAAAAAAGAAAUGGAUAAAAAAGUGGAACAGCUUCUUGAGGGGACAGCAGAGGAGAAAAAAAAGGAUGAAGCAGUAUUGAAAGAAAUGGAAGAAUUAAAGAAUCAAGUCAAAAUGAGAACACAGGAAAUUGAAACACUGGAGAAAAAUCUUAAAGCUCAGUUGGAGGAAAAAAGUAUUGCUUAUAUUAAGUUAGAGGAAGAUUUUGAAAAGAAAGUGAGUGAGAGAGUCAGAGAAGCAGUUGAUCAACAUAUGCGUAAUGAACGAAAGCCUCAAGUAGCUGCCUUUGGAGCUCGUAUAGAAGGGAGCGAAAUUCAACUGAAGGCACAAUAUGAAGCUAGAGAGAAGCAACUUCAAAAUGAGCUUGAAGAAUUGAGCAAAAAAUUGAAACAAAAAGAAGAUGAUGAGAAUAAUUUACGAGGUGAACUAGCUAUUUUACAAGAGAAGGUUGAAGCUGGUGAUGGCGCUUCUGCUAAUAAUAGUUUAUCAGAAGAAGAUAAGAUGAAAAAAGAGCUUGAAACCAGAGUGAGAGAGCUUGAGGAUCAAAUGGCUAAAGUCGAAGGUGACAAAAGGCUACUAGUGAAAGCCCAAGAAACACUUCAAAAUAAUUUGAGAGUAGCUGAAGUCCAAUUAAAAGAUAGAGAUAAAACUAUUCAAAAUUUAACAGGGGACCUUGAAUAUUGCAAAGCACUAAACAAAGAAUCAGAAAAAUUGAAAGAUACACUAAAGCACCUUGAAGAAGAAAUGGCUAGCACAAAAAAAACUGUUGAAGAAUUAAGUGGUGAACUGAGUAAUAAAUUGCAAGAAACUGAAGAGUUGAAUGACUCGUUGGAAGAAAAGGAGCAAGAGAUAGUGAGGUUAACCACAACAGCUCAAUUAGCUUCAAAAGAGAAGGAACAAACCGUAAGGCAACUAAGAGAACAGCUUGAUGAGGCUGUAAAGAAAUUCAACAAACAAAAACUACAACUUAAAGAAUUAGUGGAGAAAAUGCAAGCAAAGGAAGCAGAGAAUGCAAUUUACAAACAAGACUUUGAAACUGAAAGGAAUGACAGGCAAAGAAUACAUGAAGAAUAUGAGGAACUGAAAACAAAAGCUGAAGAAGCAAGGAAACAAAAUAAAAUUGAUAAAGAAGCACUGGCUAACCUAGGGGAGGUAAUAAAAGCUCAAGAUGAAGAGAUACGAGUUCUGAAAACACAGCUUAAUGCUUACAGUCGUAAAAAUGAUCAGAAUCAAGACGAAGAAAUUCAAAUACUUACUGCUCAAGUCAAUGCUUACAGUCGGGAGGUGGACAAACAAAAAGGUCUCUUGACCCAGAGUCAAGAGAAACAUAAAAAUGAGGUAUGUACAUGCACUAUAUAUAUUACCAAGAGUCAUU